GCCCAAAUGCCGGUCGUGUAUCGGAGGUCCUGAAGAGGGCCGUAUCUCACCCAGUUGGCCGCCUGUCUCUGUCCAUAGGCUGGCGGCGCGGCGAUGCUGUCUCUAUGCUCGGCGAUUCAGCUGGUGGCCAGGCAAUCUCACUGCUCAUGACUGCCCUGGUGUGCAUCCACCGUCGCGGGAGCUACGGUCUGAUCCUUUCGAGACUUUGUUCUUCGCUACUUCCUGCGAGUAUGCCAGCCUCGAAUCCGGCCCACCUUGCUGAUGUGGCCGACUUGGUUGCUGCCAAAGCUGCACAGCUCUCGUUUGGAAACCUGUUGGCCGAACAGACACAUCGUAUUCUCUCUGUCUAUGAUCAGCUAGGCAUGCGCCCACCAGCAGAACUAUUAGACUUACCGUCCACCGAGUCGACACAACAGCUGUUUGAGUGUCUCAGCCAACUACGAGAGGACAAGCAUAUCGUCCGUAUAUCUGGAUCUGUAGGGAUCAUCUACGUGGUCACUCUCAUACUAUUCAUGUUCCCGUAUUCAGCAAUGGUGGCAGUCCAGUCGAUCAUUAUCCACGAUAAUGAAAGGCGGCCCAUCAUCAUUCAGAUAACAGCCGAGGGCCCCACCAAGGUCCAAGUCGAGACUAAACUAUCCCUGGACUCUGUGAUUUCCGACGCUCUCAUAACAAAAGAGACGAGAACAGCCAUUCGCCAACGAUGCACAUACCUCUGGGACGGGUGGGUAGAACAGGCUUUACGAGUCGAACUAGGCAGGUAUGGACUCAUCUUAAGGGACGAAUUCCUCCAGGCGUUCUGCGACUUCAUAGUGCAGAUUACACAGCACCUGCAGCUGUCCGGCCAUUCUCCCCUACAGCCGGCAAAGUCGCAAAAGAACUUCAAAGAGCUACUCGGCUGGAAUUACCAGCGCCGUAUUCUCGAGACAUGCAAAAGAACUUGCCAAUGCACCCCAGCAGUCAACACCAUAGACCGGGUCAAGAGCUGGCGACACUUUUCGUCCAUCUUUGCAUACACUCUUGCGCCCAUCCAGUGCACUUGCGACUAUUGUGGGCCUUCAAUCAAAGACUGGACGAGGGUAUCCCGCAGAUGCACAGCGCACGUCCUUUCCAGAAGGAUUGGGUCCAUCUUCUCCAACAGCAUCAUGUGUUGCCUCCUAGAGCCGCAAGGCUCAGUUUCCGUGAGCAUGGAUAUGAACCGCGGCGGCUGUACGAUAGACGGGAGUCAUAUUCUGCGCACGAUACGCUCGUUGGGUGGAGAAAUCUCCGCCGAGGAGAUUGGCGACCGAGCAUCGCCACAAAUUGCCUACCCUGCAUUCUUGAGUCUUAUUAGCCCACGCGCGUACGGUAACGGGGACGUCCUUGGGGCCAGCUCACAGGGUUCGAGCAUCUACCCCGUGGUUCUGGAAACCCUCGAGGUCGCAUCUAACACGGCGUUCACGUUCGUCCUCCGCGAGGGUGUGUUCAUUCAUGACGGCAAGUACUACGAGCAGCUGGGUCCGGCCAAAGAAAGUGGUGCACUGCACGCUAUGACAGUGCCACAGGAGCAUUUUUUGGCGCCCAUAACUCUGUCGGCACUUCAGCAGCCACUUCCCCUGACGGUGUCUCUGCGCGCAGGCUUCAACGAGAUAUUGCUCUCCUUCAAUGCGCAAGCAUCAGGGUGGUACUUCUUCGUGGAUGCGUACGAGGCGGUCCAGGCCCUCAUGUAUCUGGACACUUCAUGGCACUGCCCACACGACGUGGACAGUCCACUGCCAAGCAUUUUGGAACAGGACGUCGCGAUCAGAAAAGUCGGCAUGUCUCCAUUACUAGAUAAAAUCAACGUAUACACGACGCACGGAGAUCGUAGGGCUCAAUUUCUGGCGGGCGGGUUUGUCCGCUACAAGGAUGGAUGCCUUCUCAGAACCGGCUGCUUGACUUGUAGUGUGCAUAAAGCUCAACAACUAGGUUACCGAUCGGUCAUAGUCUAGGUACUGUGAAUCAUGACAAUGGAGGACUUCUGCUCAGUUCUCGUUGGUCCUGGCUGUGUAUCGAACCACAGUGUUUCCUGAAACCUCUCAAAAAG